AUGGAUGUUGGGGAAUUAUUAAAUUAUCAGCCGGACAGAGGAGCAAAACGUCCAAGGAACAAGGAUGGAGCUUCAGGAGAUGACAUCAAAAUCAAGCACCAAAAGACCCUGAGUAGAGAGCUGCACAGACACAGAGAACAGCUGGAGCCUGAGGAGGAGUCGGAGGAAAACAGUGCUCACAGGAACCGAAUCUUGGAGAAACUCAUGGAUCAGGACGAAGAUGAUCCUGAGGCCGAGCCAGUGGACGAGAGUUCAGUGAAGAAAAUGAUUCUGACCUUUGAGAAGAGGUCCUACAAAAACCAGGAGCUGAGGAUUAAGUUUCCGGACAACCCAGAGAAGUUCAUGGAGUCAGAGUUGGAUCUGAAUGACAUUAUCCAGGAGAUGCAUGUCGUGGCCACUAUGCCAGACUUGUACCAUCUGCUUGUUGAGCUCAAUUCUGUCCACUCACUGCUUGGCCUGCUCAGCCACGAUAACACUGAUGUGGCGAUAGCUGUGGUGGAUCUGCUGCAGGAGCUGACAGAUAUCGACACCCUCCACGAGAGUGAGGAGGGGGCCGAGGUGCUCAUCGAUGCUCUGUUGGAGGGUCAGGUGGUGGCCUUACUGGUGCAGAAUAUGGAGCGUCUUGAUGAGUCUGUGAAGGAGGAGGCUGAUGGUGUCUUCAACACAUUGGCGAUCAUCGAAAAUAUGGCAGAGUUCAGACCAGGACUGUGCACAGAGGCGGCUCAGCAGGGGCUCAUGCAGUGGCUGCUCAAAAGAAUCAAGGCCAAGAUGCCAUUUGACGCUAACAAGCUGUACUGCAGUGAAAUCCUGGCCAUUCUGCUACAAAACAAUGAUGACACCAGAGAGCUGCUGGGGGAGAUGGACGGCAUCGAUGUGCUACUGCAGCAACUGUCUGUGUUCAAGCGUCACAACCCGUCCACUGCAGAGGAGCAGGAGAUGAUGGAAAACCUGUUUGACGGUCUAUGUUCGUGUCUAAUGUUGCCAAAUAACAGAGACCGCUUCCUCAAAGGAGAGGGGCUGCAACUCAUGAAUCUCAUGCUCAGAGAAAAGAAAAUGUCUCGGACCAGUGCUCUGAAAGUCUUGGACCACGGCAUGAUAGGACCUGAAGGAGCCGACAACUGCCAUAAGUUUGUGGACAUCCUGGGCUUGAGGACCAUCUUUCCCCUUUUUAUGAAAACCCCCAAAAAGAUGAAGAAAACUGGGGCAAUCGAGAAGGAGCAUGAAGAGCACGUGUGCUCCAUCAUCGCCUCCAUGCUGCGGAAUCUCAAGUCUCAACAGAGAAGCAGACUACUGACCAAGUUCACAGAAAACGACUGCGAGAAGGUUGAUCGGUUGAUGGAGCUCUACUUCAAAUACCUGGAGGCUGUUCAGCAGGCCGACAAGAGGAUCGAAGGAGAGAAACAUGAGAUGGUGCGGCGAGGGGAGAUCCUGGACGACGGCAUGGAGGAUGAGUUUUACCUGCGAAGGCUGGACGCUGGGCUGUUUGUGCUACAGCUGAUCUGCUACAUCAUGGCAGAGAUCAACAACUCAGAAAUAGCACAAUUGCAGCAAAGAGUGCAGCAGAUUCUGAACGUGAGAGGAGGCUCUGUGAAAGUGAUAAGACACAUCAUGAGAGAGUAUGCAGAGAGCAUCGGUGAUGGGAAGAUUGAGGAGUUUAAAGAAGCUGAGAAGAAAAGGAUCAUGGAGCUUUUGGACUCUUUCUAA